AUGUCCAGCCAACAGGACCACGACAAGAGUCGGAAGAACGAUGGCCUAUUGAAGCACUUGCCUGCGGAGGUGCUGCUGAAGGCGCGCAGCACCCUGGUCUCGCUCGGCGGCGCUUUAAAGCCCAAGCACGAGCAGCGGCCGAAGGAGAAGCAUGAGCCGCAAAGCAAGAAGGGCCAGCGGCUCAAAAGUAGCCGAUCGGAGCCGGAGUUCAGUGAGGUGCGGACGAACAAGCACAGGAGUCGCGUCGAUGGGCUCGCUCAGCGGGAGUACUGCUCUGGAGCCAGACCACGGCCGCUUUCGGUGGGCGCGUUGAAACGGUACGAAGACGACCUGCAGUACCUGCGGGGCAGUCACCCAGGGGAGGUGUCCCCGAUGAGGCGGCACUUCGAGUCUUCGGAGGAUGUAUGCGCGCAAGCCCGGCACGUGCUGCCCGCCAAUGGCAGGCUCGUCUUGGACGUGCAAAUGCCAGAAGCGAGUGAAAGACCCAGAAAGAAGCUGUCCUUCCGCGAGCCCGAAAUUGUGGGUAGCGGGAGCGGCACCCUGGGCAGGUCUAGCAAGCUGAUGGGCGUCAACAGCCUCACUCGCAGGCCUAACAGGACCUCCCGGCGGUCAGACCUACAUUCAAGUUUGGAUGGCUUAGAUUCGGAUUUAGAGAGCCAAGCGAUGAGGAUCGUCCGCACCGUGGGCCAGGCGUUUGAGGUGUGCCACAAGAUGCAGGCCAACAACCAAGACAACCCGGUGCCGUCGACCUCCUCCGCCGCCGACGAGCCAGCCUCCUGCAGCUACAAAGACCCCCCACCCAAAGAAUCGGCCUCCGAGUGCGCUGGGUCGGAGUCAGGUGGGGCAUCCACUUCGAAGGUGGUCGUCGAAGAGCCUCCCCGUGAGGGGAAAAAGGCGGCGGUACGCCCGAAGCAUUUGGACCUCCUGCCGCCACCGCCGAAAAAGGAGGGAAAACGCACAAGCCAGCAACCUGCGUCAGUUCCGAGCAUCAAUCUGCCGGACUUGCCGGAGUGCGUGACCAAAGUGGAGGUGGGCGACGAGCCGGAGGUGGACGCGGCCACCCCGCUGAGCGCCCAGCACCAACUGAAGCUGCUGCGAGAGCGGCUGGAGCAGCAAGCCCAGCAGACGCAGGCGGCUGUGGCGCAACUGCUGCUCCUGAGGGACCAGCUCGCCGCGGAGCAGGCAGCUCGCUGCGAGGCACAGGCCCGCACUCACCAGCUGCUGGUGCACAACAAAGAGCUAUUGGAGCACAUCGCGUCUCUGGUCUCCCAUCUUCAGGAACGCGAGCAGGGCAACACUCGUCCAAUCAACGCCCAGCAACUGACUCUCUUACCACAGAAGCCGGAGGCGUUGAAUGGCUUUGACAAGAUCGAGCCCAACGGCAACCAGCAGAUCGACGAUGACGACCUGAUCAACUUCAUCGUCCAGAACAGCAAGGCCGAGAAGCAGAACCAAAACGUACAGAACAACAAUGUACGGCCAUCCUUCAGCCCGUCACCGACCACAUCUAGCGCGAACGCCAACGGGCCCGACUUCGGGAUCAUGACCAACGAUCAGAUUCAGAACUAUCUCAUCGCCAAGUUCCAGAGCUUGCCGUUCCUUAACGGUCAGGGUGAGGACGACAACAGAGAGUUCUACCAGAACAGCAACGCGUUCCCCCACAUACCGCCGAUCAGCAGCCACGUCAGCAACUCUGACCUGGCCAGCCUGCUUAACAACCAGACGAAAGGUGCGUCGGGUUCCAGCGACGAGUGCGGCGGGCUUGCGCAAGCGAUGAGCAUCGGCCAGUCGCAGAACUCGCUCUACAGCCUGGACUCGAGCUCUAAGGAUUCGUCCUCUGACUCCAGUUCGGAGGAUGGGAUGCCCUACAUAAUGCCGCUAUCGCACAAUGCCACGCUGAAGGCCACGGGUGACGAUGGUCGCGUGCGCAUCAUCGUGCCGGUCAGCCCAUCCGAGAGCGCCGCAGACGUUCCGGACGCCCAGAAGGCUACAACGUCCAACGCUGGCAACUCGCUGCAAGUACCCGGCACCAGCCAACCACCAGCUCCCAUCACGCGCAGCACCAGCGAGAAGGUGCCAAAUAGGAGCGAUCUCAUGGCAGCACUCCGCGCGCAGUGGACGAGGCACACGACCAAG